UAAAGCGGUUUCACAGAGUGCCGGUGAACGGGCCGAUUCCUCCUAAAUUAACGCGUCAGGAUGGCAGAGGCCAAACGUUUGGAUGAGACCUUGUGCCCCGAGCCGGUGUGUCAGCACCCCCAGUGCUGGGUGACAGUCAGGAGGUUAGAACAAGGAUGCCCCCGCUAUCGGCCCUCGGGGGCAGCCGCCAGAUCGCUGUCAGCAGAAGCCGAAGGCCUCCCGGUUCUGACGGUGACCACCCUACCUGAGCCCAUUCCCCCGGGGACCGGACAGGAUAGCCCCCCAUCCUUAUCAGGGCACAGAUUAUUGUCUUCUGCGUAUUCCCUCCAUAACAGUUUGGCUGACAGCAGCUCGGUCAAGACGCCGAUCUCAGCGGUGAGCCUGCACAAAGAAUUAAUGACUUCAUUCCCAACAUACAGCUUACCCGGCAGGAAGACCCCCAAAGUCGGGGUGGUGAGUGUAGGUGCCACAUUACCCCCGGAGGGCAAACAGGCAUCGCUAAUCUGGGUCCCGAACUCCCAGCAUAAGCAGCACAAAGCCGAGCCGAAAAAAAGUCACGCACGAGAGCGGGCUUUGCCAACUGGGAUUAAAGAGAUCACUCUCGAGAUGUUCGCUUCGGGAGGUGCAAAGAGCGGAGUGUUACGUGACGGAGAAACAAGAAGCAAGAAAGAUAAGAAGCUCCUAACCAGCGGACCCCCAUUUAAGCCAACGCUUUGUGGCACCCGGAUAUUAUUCAGAGGGCAUAUUAAGGAAGGCCUCUCAGCGAGCGCCACGAAGGAGAAUGCCGAAGGACCAGCCAGGAGAACCAGAGAGGUUUGUGGCCGAAGCCUACGCGCGGAGCGUCUCCAGCCGUCCCACCCCGGUUUCCCGCUGCUGGAGAACAGACGUGUGAUUUUACACGACAUCAAAGAGAGGCGUCAGCCCUGUGUGAGCUCAUCAUGCGCAGCCCCGGUGUACAAGCUGGACACGCGUCUGGGAUCUCUAGAUGACCUGGAGCUGGAUCUGGAAAGUAUAAGGAAUCAGUAUUACUUGUGGAAGAAGUAUGUCUACCUGGCCAGCCCUGGGGGCAGAUUUAAGAUCUCAGAUUCACAGCCCAAAAGAGAAGCAAAGUCCCCGAGGGCCAAGCCGAGGACCCUGACACUCUUUGGGGAUAUAGGUCUGUUCCUGUGUGAUCGGGAUUCUGCACUUGGGGGCCGUCGUGGACCGGGAGGCUCUGGGAGCCGGGAUUCAGAACAGUCCGAUGAUACCGAUAACAGAGACUCCGCGUCGCUGGCCAGCUUCUCCCCGUCCUCUUUGGCUUACCCAGAAUCCCAAGCGGAAAGCCAGGCUGAGCAGAGAGACUCCCCAAACCCCACCACUGAUGGAGAGACCGCGGAGGCGCCACAAGAACUAGAAAAGGAUCCAGUUUCCACAGAAGAGCUUCAGCCGAAGGAUCCACCGGAAUCCACAGGAUCCACGAGCCGGGAUCCCGAUUGGACAUCUCCUGGAGGGAAGCCCACCGCGCCACCUCCCUCCCCGACACACGCAGCCGGUGACAACCGCAGCUAACGGCUUCCCCCAUAAAACGGAAACUCGAAUCCUAUUUCACUUUCUC